AUGAUUGGUGCCCAGCAGUGCCGCCCACCAGUUCCGCCCACCUGUGUCCAGCAGUGCACCCAUCUGUGCCCAGCAGUGCACCCACCUGUGCCACCCAGCAGUGUCACACACAUGUGCCCAGAACAGUGCCACCCACCUGUGCCCACCAGUGCCACCCACCUGUGCUGCCAGUCAGUGCCACCAGUCAGUGCCCAGCAGUUGUGCCAAUGCCUAGCAGUGCCGCCAUCAGUGCCACCUAUCAAUGUUGUCUAUCAGUGCCACCUAUCCGUGCCACCUCAUUAGUGCUGCCUAUCAGUGCUGCCUAUUAGUGCCCAUCAGUGCUGCCUCAUCAACGCACAUCAAUGAAGGAGAAAAAUUACCUG